UGAGAGUUUAAUGUGUCUCUUUCACAGAGUGGAGCAGACGGGUCCAGAGGUCUCCAGUGGUCAGCACCAUCAGACACAGCUGGACUCCAUAUUUAAGCUUCUGGAGGAGGACAUCUUCACUUUUGUCCGGAAGGAGCUGAAGAAGCUCCACAAGGUUCUGAGUACAGAUUACCCAGAAUGCUUAGAGCCUGUGGAGGAUGAGGAUGAAGAGCAGAGGAGCAGCAGUGAGGCUGUUCUGAAGAUCACACUGAACUUCCUGAGGAGGAUGAAGCAGAAGGAGCUGGCUGAGCGUCUGUGGAGCAGGAGUUAUUCUGGAGUUUAUCAGCGUAAACUGAAGUCUAACCUGCAGCAGAAGUUUGAGUGUGUGUUUGAGGGCAUCGCUAAAGCAGGAAACCCCACCCUUCUGAAUGAGAUCUACACAGAGCUCUACAUCACAGAGGGAGGGUCUUCAGAGGUCAACCAGGAACAUGAGGUCAGACACAUGGAAACAGCCUCCAGGAAACCAGGCCCAGCAGAGACAACCAUCACAUGUGAAGACAUGUUUAAAGGCCCAGCUCACACACAUGGACCAAUCAGAACAGUGCUGACAAAGGGAGUGGCUGGCAUCGGGAAAACAGUGCUCACUCAGAAGUUCACUCUGGACUGGGCUGAAGGCAAAGCCAACCAGGACAUACAGCUGCUGUUCCCGUUCACUUUCAGAUCACUCAAUGUGCUGAAGGAGAGAAGCUUCAGCUUGGUGACACUUGUUCAUCACUUCUUUAGUCAAACACAAGCAGAACUCUGCAGCUUUGAAGACCUCCAGGUGCUCUUCAUCUUGGACGGUCUGGACGAGUGCAGACUUCCUCUGGACUUCACCAAAACCAAGGCCAUGAACGACCCCACAGAGUCUGCCUCAGUGCACGUGCUGCUGGUAAACCUCAUCAGGGGGAGCCUGCUUCCCUCCGCUCGCCUCUGGAUAACCACACGACCCGCGGCAGCCAAUCAGAUCCCUGCUGAGUGUGUCUCCAUGGUGACAGAGGUCAGAGGGUUCACAGACCCACAGAAGGAGCAGUACUUCAGGAAGAGGUUCAGAGACAAGGCCGACACAAUCAUCUCCCACAUCAAGAUGUCCAGAAGCCUCCACAACAUGUGCUACAUGCCGAUCUUCUGCUGGAUCGCUGCCACAGUCCUGGAGCAUGUAUUGAAAAGCAGAGAGAGAGGAGAGCUGCCCAAGACCCUGACUCAGAUGUACAUCCACUUCCUGGUGGUUCAGGCCAAAGUCAAGAACAUCAAGUAUGAAGAAAGAUCUGAGACAGACCCACACUGGAGUCCAGAGACCAGGAAGAUGGUGAAGUCUCUGGGAAAACUGGCCUUUGAGCAGCUGCAGAAAGGAAACCUGAUCUUCUACAAGAGUGACCUGAGCGAGUGUGGGCUGGACGCUGCAGCGGCCUCAGUGUACUCCGGAGUGUUCACACAGGUCUUUAGAGAGGAGACAGGCCUGUACCAGGACAAGGUCUACUGCUUCAUCCAUCUGAGUGUGCAGGAGUUUCUGGCUGCUCUUCAUGUCCAUCUGACCUUCAUCAACACUGGGAUCAACCUGCUCUCAGACAAACAAACACCAUCAUGGACAAAGGUUUUAAGCAAUAAGUCAGUGCAGUUUUACCAGACAGCUGUGAACCAGGCCUUACAGAGUCCAAAUGGACAACUGGACCUGCUCCUCCGCUUCCUCCUGGGACUUUCACUUUCAUCCAAUCAGAGUCUGCUACAAGGUCUGCUGACAAAGAGAGAAAGCAGCUUCCAGACCAAUCAGAAAACAGCUGAGUACAUCAAGAAGAAGCUGAGUGAGAAUGUGUCUGCAGAGAGGAGCAUCAACCUGCUCCACUGUCUGAAUGAACUGAAUGAGCGUUCUCUGGUGGAGCAGAUCCAACAGUACCUGAGUUCAGGACGUCUGUCUGAAGGUGGACUGUCUCCUGCUCAGUGGUCAGCUCUGGCCUUCAUCUUACUGUCAUCAGAAGAAGAUCUCGAGCAGUUUGAUCUAAAGAAAUACUCUGCUUCAGAGGAGGCUCUCCUGAGGCUGCUGCCAGUGGUCAAGGCCUCCAACAAAGCUCUACUGAGCAGCUGUAACCUGUCAGAGAGAAGCUGUGAAGCUCUGUCCUCAGUCCUCAGCUCCCAGUCCUCUUUUCUAACAGUCCUGGACCUUGGUCAUAAUGACUUGAAGGACUCAGGGCUGAAGAUGUUUUCUGUUGGACUGAAGAGUCCUCACUGUAAACUGGAACAGCUCAGAUUGAGCCACUGUAACCUGUCAGAGAGAAGCUGUGAAGCUCUGUCCUCGGUCCUCAGCUCCCAGUCCUCUAGUUUGAGAGGUCUGGAUCUCAGUCUCAAUGACUUGAAGGACUCAGGGCUGAAGAUGUUGUCUGUUGGGCUGAAGAGUCCUCACUGUAAACUGGAACAGCUCAGACUGUCAGCUUGUCUGGUCACAGAGGAAGGCUGUGCUUCUCUGGCCUCAGCUCUGAGGUCCAACCCCUCCCUUCUGAAAGAACUGGACCUGAACUACAACCAUCCAGGAGACACAGGAGUAAAGCUCCUGUCUGCUCUACAGGAGGACCCCCACUGCACACUGGACACUCUCAGACUGGAGCCUGCUGGAGCUGAGUGGUUAGCACCAGGACUCAGAAAAUAUUUCUGUGAUCUCACUCUGGAUCCAAACACAGCUCACACAAACCUCAAACUGUCUGACAACAACAAGAAGGUGACACAUGUGAGAGAGGAGCAGCCGUAUCCAGAUCAUCAGGACAGAUUUGAGAACAGGGAACAGAUUCUGUGUUCCACUGGUCUGACUGGUCGCUGUUACUGGGAGGUCCAGUGGAGAGGGGUGGUUCGUGGAUCAGUGUCUUACAGAGAAAUCAGAAGGAAAGGAGACGGUGCUGACAGUGGGUUUGGAUACAAUGAUCAGUCCUGGAGUCUGGAGUGCUCUAAAAAUGGUUUCUCUGUUUGGCAUAAUCACAAACACACACCCCUCCCUCAGCCCUGGUCCUCCUCUUCUGGGAGAGUAGCAGUGUUUGUGGACUGUCCUGCUGGUUCUCUGUCCUUCUACACAGUCUCCUCUGACCAACUGACCCACCUCCACACCUUCAACACCACAUUCACUGAGCCUCUGCUCCCUGGGUUUAGGCUCUGGCCUGACUCCUCAGUGUCUCUGUGUUUAGAUUAA